ACGUCAUUUUACCCUGUUCACUCAGCACAAAGGAGAACAUUACGUCAGAGAUGUUUGAGUGGAAGAAAGAUGGUCGCCAGGUGUUCCUGUAUGAUGACGGCGGUCAUUCAAAUAACAACAAUACAGGUCAAGAUCAGCAGUUCAAAGAUCGAGUCUCACAUUUUCCAGACAAACUGAAGUCAGGCGACGCCUCCAUAAUCAUCAGAAAUCUGAAGCUGGCUGACAGUGGAGACUACACCUGCAACUUUACAAAUCUUCAACCAAGACAAACAUUCCACAUUAAGCUUGUUGUUGAGCCAAAAGUCAUCAGGGUGGACAAAGGAAGAGACGUCAUUUUACCCUGUUCACUCAGCACAAAGGAGAACAUUACUCGAGAGAUGUUUGAGUGGAAGAAAGAUGAUCGUCAGGUGUUCCUGUAUGAUGACGGCAAUCAAUCCAAUAACAACAAUACAACUCAAGAUCAGCAGUUCAAAGAUCGAGUUUCACAUUUUCCAGAUAAACUGAAGUCAGGCGACGCCUCCAUAACCAUCAGAAAUACGAAGCUAGCUGACAGUGGAAACUACACCUGUGAAUUUCCACUUCUUCAGCAAAGACAAAUAUUCUACAUUAAGCUUGUUGUUGAGACAACAGUCAUCACGGUGGGAGAAGGAAGUAAUGUCAUGUUACCCUGUUUACUCAGCACAAAGGAGAACAUUACCUCAGAGAAGUUUGAGUGGAAGAAAGAUGGUCGUCAGGUGUUUCUGUAUGAUGACGGCGGUCAUUCAAAUAACAACAAUACAGGUCAAGAUCAGCAGUUCAAAGAUCGAGUUUCACAUUUUCCAGAUGAACUGAAGUUAGGCGACGCCUCCAUACUCAUCAGCGAUACGAAGGUAGCUGACAGUGGAGACUACACCUGCAACUUUACAAACCUUCAACCAAGACAAACAUUCCACAUUAAGCUUGUUGUUGUUGGUGCAGCUCCAAGGCCACAUGUCAGGAUACUUGAUCAAACAAAGGGUGGGAUGCUGCUGCAGUGUGAAGUUCAAGGAGCUUUUUCAAAACCUGAAUUACACUGGGAAGACGGAGCUGGAAACAAACUUCCUGCUGAAGAACCACAGGAGACAGAAAGGGGAGGACUCUACGACAUCAUCCUCCAAACUACUGUGACCAAGACCGACCUCUAUCGCUGUAAUGCUACACAGAAGGAAAUCAACCAUCAGACUCAUUAUGAGACAUACGUGUAUAUCCCUGGGAAGAACAUUGAUCUUAUUUUGGCUGUUACUGUUCUUGCUGUUGUUCUGGCUCUGCUGUUUGUAUGUAUACUCUACAAAAAAUAUCAGAAAGGAAGGUGCCAAGAGGAGGAAGUGGUGUACAUGUACGCCACAAAUGGGGAGGCUACCAGCUGAGAGGCGGUCAAGGAUCUAAAGUUAUCUGCAGAGACUCCUUCAUAAAUCAGAG